GUUCGUUCACACUUCAUGUCGAUAAGACCUCCACAGAGCCGUGUAUUGGCCGCUCUUGCAUCUUUAAACGUCGAUGGAUCUGGUUCAUCGAACUCCAAGGCAGUCAAGGACGUCCAACCUUCUAGCAACGUUCUUCAAAGAACGAUUUCUGAUGCAUAUACUACCAAAUCCAGUAAACCCAUUGCCCCGCCUCUAAAAUCCGCUCGUUCUGCACCAUUACCAACAAAACCCGCUGAGACUCCCUCUCGUCCUUUGUACAGCUAUUCAACAAUAACUCCAACUCCUCGAGUCCUCUUCGCAACUACAGACACUGAAGCCGAUACUUGGAUAGAGCAGCUUAAUCUAACAGGUCCAAUCUCCGUUGAUUGUGAAUGGGUCGUUAACUUUCGUCGGGGACCAGGAGGUGCCAACAUACGCCCCGUAUCUCUGAUACAAAUUGCCGACCAGAAAACGAUCAUUCUAAUCCAAUUGAGGAAUUCAGAACGCACCAUGACUCGAUUUCCACGUGCUUUGAGACGCGUCCUAGAAGACUCAACCAUCCUCAAGGCAGGAGCAAAUAUUCUCAAUGACGCAAAGAAACUAUUCAAAGAUUAUGGUGUACUGACAGAGGGAGUGGUGGAGCUUGGGUCGCUUGCUAGACAGGCAGAUCCCAGCUGCAGCACAGAAUUCGGAAAUGGCAAGAGGCCCGUGUCGCUUGCGAAACUGGUGGCGCGGUACCUGAACAAGGAGCUUAACAAAGACUCCAAUGUGCGUGUCAGCAAUUGGGAGAAUCCCAAGCUGCCGCCCACUAUGCUGGAGUAUGCUGCAAAUGACGCGUACUCGGGUUAUCAAGUGUUUGCUCGUCUACUGACAUUAGCAGAGCAGGCAGAAAUUGCGCUCGAUAAGACUAAAUUUGUGGCUGGCGUCGGGUACCCAACUCUUGCUGUCCCAACUCCGAAGCCAACAGCUCAAGUCCCAAUCGAAGAAUUGCCUCCUGUGCCUCAACUACAUCUUAUGCCAGAUAUGAGUGCGGCUGGAGUCAAGCUUUACCACAUUCGCGCAUAUCGUUACUGGGCUCUCGGUAAACGGACUGUCGACAAUAUGUGCCAAGAACUGCGCAUAGACAAACAAGCUGGUCCAUUAGCGAGAAGCACAGUCAUCUCUUAUAUUGUUACCGCUCUCACACAAUGGCCAUCCAAGCCAUUUAUGCCGGUAGAUCUGGGAGAAUUGCGACUACUACUCCUCGAGGAUUUGUCGAGUUGGCAAAGACACUACGAAUGGUAUACUACAUUAGCUGGGAUCGAGAGCUAG